AACAACAUCCUACUCCGGUUUUGAAGACGAAAGGGUUUUUUUCUUCUAAAGCGGAUGAGACUGGAUAAAUCGGGAAGUUAUCACACAGGUGUAUCGCAGCAUCUCAAAGUUUCAUUUGAAAUAGCUUUUAUGAUAGCAAAGCAAAAGAUUCCUAAUAAUAUCGUCAAGCAUAGAAUCGAUGACAUUGCAGCAGACAUAAAGUCACAAAUAAUUAACAAAAUAAAAUUAUCGCCAUUUUUUGCCAUUAGUUGCGAUGAAUCCACCGUCAUCGCUAAUUAUGCACAGUUAAUAGUUUAUGCUCGUUACAUCGGUGGAGGUAUCAUUCAAGAAGAGAUUUUCUACUCCCAAUGGUUGACAGCAGGUACUACAUCUGAAGAUAUAUUCAAUUCAAUCUCAAACUUUGUUGUCAAAAAUUAUUUGGAUUGGAAGGAAUUCAUUGGACUUUGCACAGAUGGCGCACCUGCAUGGAUAGGUUACACAUUGUGUUAUUCAUCGGCAAGCUUCGGCUUCCAAAACAUUGCCACAGAAAUUACGCCAGACUUUGGAGUCGGCUAUAAGCAUUGUAAACUACAUCAAGAGCAGCGCUUUGAACAGCCGGAUCUUGAUUCUGAUCACAAAGUUCUUCUGUUCCAUACAGACGUACGCUGGCUGUCCAAAGGCAAUAUGUUGGUUCGCCUUUUUGAAUUGAACGAAGAGGUAGUUCUUUUCCUUGAGUUCAGAGAAAACACGAUUUCUUGA